UUGCAAUUGCAAGGCCACGCCACAAAUUGAGCUUCCCUCACUCCGAUUUCAAUACUGCCGGUGAUUUCUCCAGGCAAUAUCGAGCACUAUAUGAGUGCACUACGCACUCAAAGCUUGAAGUUCCACCUGGAACUCAGGCACCCAACGGUCCCCACCCGAUAAUUUAGGCAUCCACGCACGGCCCUUGCACCUCACAUCUACUUCGCACGAUAUGCGAACAGCACUAUAAGUUCUAUCCAUCACGCCCUUUGUCACUUCUGUUUCUACAAAUUCUGUGAUUCGCAAUGGCCAGGACUAAGCAAACAGCUAGCUGCCUCGCUCAUGAUAACACUACAAAACCCACCAGAGUCCUGAGAUCACACACAGUAAAAAGACAACGAGACAGAUGCUGUUGCAGGAACGAAUAUGAUAACUGUGAUGUGCAGCGCUGCACUGAGCCUCUUGCUUGGAACAUCAAAGACGACGAAGUCGUGACGCAGAAUGACUGCCCACUUUUCAAUGCCAUUCCAGUAGAACUCAGAAACCUCAUUUGCGAGUAUGCUCUUACCGACAGCACGUGGUCGGCCAGGAGUCCGAAGGGCGAUCGCGCACUGAAUCUUCUACACACCUGCAAGGCCGUGUAUCUCGAAACAUUCGCUCUUCCGCUUCGCCUGAAUGCUCUUCAGCUUCCGUUCACCGAAUGGCUCCCCCGCGAAAAGCAAAGAAUUAGGCUCCCGUGGCAGUUCGCGAACAUUCAAUCGCUUGAUAUUACACUCCAACAAGUAUCACUCGAGGGCGAAAGUCUGUACAACUUCUUCUUCGGUCCGUCAGGCUGGCAGCCAGAGGCUCGUCAUCAAAACGUAUUCGUAGCACCAGACAUUGGCCUCAAAAAUACUCCGUGGGGAAGCUACGAGUCUUGCAACUUUACGCUGCUAUCUACGGGCAUCAGUGGCGAUAGGACUCGCCUGCGUGAUGCCCUAGAGGAGAUGGACUUACCAGCUGAAUUUCAAAAGCCGAUGUCCGACAUGCGCCUGCAACGCGCAAGACCGCUCGUUCACCUUACGCUGCGCAUGCGCUGCACGGAUUGGUGGACAUGGAGUGAUGACCCGAGCAGCACGGAUGCCAAACGCAAUCAUCUGGCACUGGACCCAACAGUGGGCAACGGGGAGGACAAUCUCACCUCCCGUCCCACCAGCACGCAAAUGCAGGCCCUAGCACAGCAGCGACGCGACGGGUACGAUACCACCUCAAGCGCGCCAUUCAACAUAGAUACCCCAGGCUGGGGCCACAUCAUCAGCAAAUUGCCCGACAUCAAGACUCUCGAGCUUGUCUUAGAAACAUUCACAGAGAAAAAGGCACAGCUGGACACGGUCGUCGAGUGCGCAAAAACAUGGCGCUUCCCUAUCGCAGACACACAGUUCGAGUUGGCAUGGAACGGCAAAGUCAAAAGCGCACACCACAGCAGACCGCACGAGACAGCCAGUGAACAGGAAGCCUGGGAUUUUGGAUACGGGCAAUGGUGGACGCGCGGUACUGAAAUCGAAGAGCGCAUUAUCCGCUUCACACGGCAGCGCACGCCGCCGUCUACAGACUCUGAGUGCAAUGUCCAUUAGCCUCUCAUGUUUCUACUCUCAACCUCCAACCCCUAAAAUUCUAUCUCGUCGUCCUCACAACUUCGACUUCGAGGUGACCUUCUCCUCCCUCCC